CGUACCAUCAACACACUUACACUGAGACAGAGAGAAAGAGAAGAUGGCGGGUUUGAACAAGAAGGCAAUGAUGAUGGUGGGUCUGGUCCUGUUCCUGAUGGCCUGCACUACAAGAGUGGAGGCUCGCUUCGAUGCAGACAUCUUUCUGGCUCAGGUGAUGAAUGAGAGAGGCGAACCCAACUAUUUCCUCAAGUCCACCACCACUGCCUGCUGUAACAACUGUGUCUGCACUACGUCAAUCCCUCCUCAGUGCCAUUGCAAGGACGUCGGAGAAACCUGCCACUCUACUUGCAAGGCCUGCUUGUGCACUAGCUCUUACCCUCCAAAGUGCUGGUGUGUUGACACCACCAACUUCUGCUAUGACAAAUGCUCCUCUUCUGCUUGAUUUUUGUCUUGCUAUGUAUGAACCACCAAGCCUAGCUACUUUACUUCUUUAGGCUUUGUUUCUGUCUAUGCCAACUCUAUCUUAUCCGAUAAACAAUCUUGUGCCUUGUUUCCGGUUUGUACUUAUGCAAACUGAUUGAUAGCAAGGUCUUGAUCCUCUUCUAUCA